AUGCAACGCGCACGGGCGCUGCUGAACGACAGGGAGAGAGAGCAAGGCUCCUCGAGCACGGCGGUGCCGUCUGGACUUUUGAAGGACAUUUCCGACUCGUUCGACUCGGGCCUGUUGGAGUGCUGUUCCGACAGGAGCGGGGGAGAGAUGUCGAGCGAUCUCAUGAACCCGCGGUGGCGCCGCCUGAUAGUCUCAGUGUCGGGCAGCCUCGCGCAGCGGUUCUCCGACGCCACGUUAGUCCCCGACGGCUGCAUGGCGGAGUUUGUGCACACCGACGCGACUGGUGGCGGCUCACAGAUGGAUCUCCAGCAGUGUUUUGAGGGAGCGCUCCAUGCAAUGGAGCUGAGUGACAAGAGUGCCGGUUUUGUCCUCAUCGGCGCUUACUACUACCUCAUAGCAGACGACGUGGUUCUCACUUCCCAAACGUGGCGGUCGCUCGUUGUGACCGCGCUGCUCGUAGCGGCCAACGAGAUGUGCGAGCGCGCGGAGCACGAGCUGGCGAUUCGCAGGCUCCGGCAAUCUGCGGCGCAUUGGUGGUCUGAAGACAGGGCCGAUCGGGCGGUCCAAGUCUUCAAGCUGCGCGAGGCCUUCGUGCAGAAGCCCCUCAACCAGCAGAAGAUAGCAGCGCUGUAUUUUGAGCUGCGUGCUAGCGCUCUGGAGAUCGCUCCAUUCGAUGAUGAUAGCCACUCGGGGGCUGCCAUUGCCGACUUUCCCCUCGACCAUGCGCCCGUGAGGAAUCCGAACGUCAAGGCCUCGAAUUCGCUGUCGGGCCGCAACGGCGACCCUGCCGACCGCAGCAACGAGCGCAGCAACGCUAGCCUGGCCUUCUCGGACUCGAGGAGCCGCAGCACCUACAACGACGGCUACACGUCCGACCACUCCACGGGCCCAUCUCCGUCUUCUCCAUCUAGAGGGCGCGCCCGUCUGCGCAGCGCGCCGGCUUUGCUCGGGCCGCCGGGCGCUCAAGAAAAAGAGUGUGUGUUUCGAUGCUCGCGGCUGGCGCGGCAUCGUGGCUCGGUUUUGAUGCGCAUCUCGAGACCCAAAGACGAUGCUGAUGUUGAUGCCGAUGCUGACGAUGAUGAUGAUCAAGCUUUCGGAGGUCCGUGCGGAGUUCCUUGA